AUGGCAGAUCCAAGAUACUACCCAGCCGCAUCACCUAUGACCUUCACGAAAACGAAGAUGCCCUUCUCCUGGCCUUCGAUACUGAAUCCCAUUCCUCGACGGUAUCGCCGCCGGUUACGUUCCAAGUUUCGGUCUGCUCAGUCUCCCGCCUCCUCUAUCGCCAGUAUCCAGACUUCCUUCAACCCCGCAGAUUCGAUCAAGGCCCUCAGAGCUCACAGAUGGUCAUAUUACGAUGCGAAAUAUCUGAUCCUGAUCAUCGUCAGUGUCUUUUCGCUCUCAAUAAGUCAGGCACCCGGGCCGUUGGUCAAGACAGGCGCAUCGGCUUUGCUCAUGCUUGCUUUGCUCAUGCCAAUAACGAGACAAUUCUUUUUGCCAGUGCUACCGAUCUUCACAUGGUUGCUCUUCUUCUUUAAUGCCAGAUUCAUUCCAUCAGAAUACCGACCUCAUAUCUGGGUGAAGGUCUUACCUGCUCUCGAAAAUAUAUUUUAUGGUGCCAACAUUAGCAAUAUCCUCUCGGCCCACAAGUUCGUAGUUUUGGAUGUUCUGGCGUGGGUGCCAUAUGGGCUCUUACAUUUUGGAGGACCAUUUUUCUGGGCAGCCCUGAUGUUCUUCUUUUCCGCUCCGGGAACACUUCCAGUCUUCGCACAGACAUUCGGAUACUUGAACAUCGCGGGUGUAGCAAUUCAACUUAUCUUCCCAUGCUCACCACCGUGGUACGAAAAUCUUUAUGGUCUCGCUCCAGCAAACUACUCGAUUCCCGGAUCACCCGCUGGUUUGGCUCGCGUCGACAAGCUCCUGGGCUUCGACAUGUAUACAACAAAUUUCACUGCAUCACCCUUAGUGUUUGGAGCUUUCCCAUCCUUGCAUUCUGGAAAUGCAGUGUUGGAGGCUCUUUUCAUGAGCCAUUGCUUCCCCAAACUUAGACCUUUGGUGAUUGGCUACGCAAUGUGGAUGUGGUGGGCUACAAUGUACCUGUCACAUCAUUAUGCCGUUGACUUGGUUGGAGGUGGAUUCUUGGCUGCCAUUGCAUUCUAUAUUGCAAAGGCCAACUUCCUACCCCGGGUUCAAAUGGACAAGGCGUGGAGAUGGGAUUACGACUACGUUGAGAAGGGAGAGGCACCUAGCGGAGCCUACGAAUAUGGCCUCUCGGUUCUGGACAUCGACGAUUUCCGCAACGACAGCAGCGACGAGUGGACCGUGGGCUCUUCAUCUUCAAUCUCCUCGGGCUCGAGGAGUCCAGUCGAUGAAAGCCAAUCUUCUUGGGAAGGCGAGACAUUGGCAUCCCAAGCAUCAGAUACGGAACUCAACGAAAUCGCCAUUAGAUAA